AUGGCUUUGAGAAAGAAGCUAUGGGAUAGUCUUGUGGGAGAAUUCAGUAAUAGCUAUGUUAUGCAUUCGAGAUUUUAUAGUUCAAAAGUGGACUUUCGGAAGCUAAGGCCUAUGAUACUGAAGAGGAUUCAAAAUCGUGCCAAGGAUUAUCCGGUGAAAGGAAUGGUGCCAGUUGCCAGAGAGGUUCUUCAAUUUAGAAAGGUUCUUAUUCAAGGAGUUUCCACUCUUAUGCAAGUUUUUCCGGUCUUGGCUUGCAAGUUCUGUCCUGAAGUGUAUAUUGGUGAGAAGGGUCAUUUGAUUCAGACUUGUUAUGGUUUCAAGCGUUGUGGUAGGAAUCGGGUUCAUGAAUGGAUUCCUGGGGGUUUAAAUGAUAUAUUGGUGCCAGUAGAGACAUUUCGCUUAGAUAAGAUGUUCCAAGAUGUUAUUAAACAUGACCAAAGGUUUGAUUUUGAUCGUGUUCCUGCAGUUGUGGAGUUAUGCAGGCAGGCAGGUGCUGAUAUAGAUGACGAGAAUCUCCACCCUGGCAUGUUGAAUUCGGACUCUGGGGUUGGUCAUAUUAAUGGAGUUGAGCCUUUGUCUCCUAGGCGUUUGAUGUAUAUAGCCAAAGACACUCUUGAUGCGUGGGAGAAGCUUAGAUCAGGCGUGCAAAGGUUGUUGUUGGUUUAUCCAUCCAAAGUUUGUAAGUAUUGUUCAGAAGUUCAUAUUGGGCCAUCUGGACACAAGGCUCGGCUUUGUGGUGUAUUUAAGUUUCAGAGUUGGCGUGGGAAUCACUUCUGGAAGAAGGCAGAAGUAGAUGACUUGGUGCCUAAAAAGAUUGUUUGGCGGCGGCGGCCUCAAGAUCCUCCUGUUCUUGUGAAUGAAGGGCGAGAUUUUUAUGGACAUGCACCGGCAGUGGUGGAUCUAUGCACAAAGACUGGUGUUGUGGCACCAACAUAUUCUUGCAUGAUGAAAAGUCAGGGUUUAUCAGCACCUGUUCAAGAUGAACUUUGA